AAUUUUAAUGCAAAAAGGCCCGAAGCCUUUGUAAAACCCUAUUAUUCUUCUAGACCUUUCUCAUUUCUCGUCUCCUUCGAAGGCUUCUAAACCCUAAACCCCUUCUCCUCUUUCUCUGUUCUUCGAAGAAGACUGCAAGUUUCCCCUGAUUGACAUUGCGAUUCUGUACUCAGCUUUUGGGAAGAUGAAUUUCAACAAUGUGAAAGUUCCUAAGGUGCCAGGUGGUGGUGCGGCUUCCUCUUUGAUUAAGCUUAGUGCUAUUGGUGGGCUUGUUGUGUAUGCAGCUGCUAACAGCCUUUACAAUGUUGAUGGUGGACACAGGGCCAUCAUGUUUAACCGUUUAGUUGGUGUUAAAGACAAGGUUUAUCCCGAGGGGACACACUUUAUGGUUCCAUGGUUUGAACGCCCAGUCAUUUAUGAUGUUCGGGCACGACCUCACUUGGUAGAGAGUACAUCCGGGAGCCGUGAUCUCCAGAUGGUUAAGAUUGGGCUUCGAGUUCUUACUCGUCCUGUGGCAAACGAAUUACCUACAAUUUAUCGCACCCUUGGUGAAAAUUAUAAUGAAAGAGUUCUGCCUUCUAUUAUUCAUGAAACAUUGAAAGCUGUGGUUGCUCAGUAUAAUGCAAGUCAACUCAUUACUCAAAGAGAGGCUGUUAGUAGAGAAAUACGGAAAAUUUUGACAGAGAGGGCAGCCAAUUUUAACCUGGCGCUAGAUGAUGUGUCCAUAACGACCUUGACUUUUGGGAAAGAAUUUACAGCUGCAAUUGAAGCCAAACAGGUGGCGGCACAGGAAGCUGAGAGGGCUAAAUUUAUUGUGGAAAAAGCCGAACAAGACAAGAAAAGUGCUGUUAUCAGAGCAGAGGGAGAAGCUACUAGUGCCCAGCUAAUAGGUCAGGCCAUUGCCAAUAAUCCUGCAUUUAUUACACUUAGGAAGAUUGAAGCUGCUAGAGAAAUUGCACAUACAAUUGCAAAUUCAGCCAACAAGGUUUUCCUCAAUUCUGAAGAUUUGCUACUGAACCUUCAGAAGAUGGAGUUAGAAGUCCAUCCCAAGAAAUAGACAUCUCUUUCUGUAAUGCUUUUCUUCAGAGAACAGUCAAUUGGGAGUUUGUCCUGAAAACUAAAUGCAGUAAAUGUAGGGGGAAGAAAUUAUCCUGUCCAUUCUUCUUUUGGUAGAUGUGUUUUUUUUUCGCAAACAUGGGAUUAAAUAUGGCUUAAGAGACUACUGUCGAGUGAGAUGCACAGUUACCUUGGGGAAUUCUGGAAUUUUUGAUUGGAAUGCACAAUUAGUUGGAUGUUUUA